ACUACAAUCGUACUUUAUGAUCAAUUAUUAGAGCAUUUCACUAAGCUAGGUACGUAGUAGGUAAGGCAGUAAGAGAGAGUACCAUAAAUUGAAAGGAACGAGAUCAACCCAUCAAAAAUGGAGGAAAAACAGUUGAAAGUAGUGAUGUAUCCAUGGUUAGCCAUGGGGCAUACAAUUCCAUUUAUGCAGCUAGCUAACAUAUUAGCAGAGAAAGGCCACAAAGUCACUCUGUUACUCCCUAACAAAGCCAAACUAUUAGUUGAAUCUUCAAACCUUUAUCCAUCAAAUCUGACACUCCACACAAUCACUAUACCUAUGGUUUAUCCACUCCCACCAGGGACAGAAACCGCCUCGGACAUCCCCUUCCACCUCGAGACUCACCUCGCCACCGCUUUAGACCUUAUCCGUCCUGAAUUUGAGUCCAUCAUUUCCAAACUCCAACCCAACAUUAUCUUAUACGACUUUGCGUAUUGGAUCCCGGAUGCAGUAGCUGCCUGUAGGUCGGAGGCCAAGUGUGUAUCUUAUUGGGUAGUUUCUGCAGCGCGCUUGGCUUUUACUAUGAUUCCAUUUAGGGAACCACCAAAAGAUAUAGAUAGGGACGUCGUUAAUAACGAGGAUUCCUCGUGUGUUGCUGAUAUUCCUCCUGGUUAUCCUAUGUCCACGCCAGUGAUCAUGGACAAGAGGACGAGGUUCCGCUUAUACAUGCCCUAUGGUGAGGGGGUCACCUUCCAUCAGAGGCUCACCAACUCGCUCAAAGGUAGCGAUGCUAUUAUUAUCAAGACCUACGGUGAGAUAGAAGGCAAGUAUUGUGAGUAUUUGUCUAGCCAAUACAACAACAAGCCCGUACUUCCAAUCCUACUCCUCCCAAAGCCUAAGGAGGCAAAGCUCGAGCCUCGUUUGGCCGAGUGGUUGAGUCGGUUUGAGCCAGGAACGGUUGUAUUUUGUGCAUUUGGGAGUCAGGUUGUGCUAGAUGUGGCCCAAUUUCAAGAGAUCCUGCUCGGGUUUGAAAUGACUAGAUUACCCUUUUUGGUGGCGUUCAAGCCCCCUACUGGUUGUGCAACCGUGGAAGAGGCGUUCCCUGAGGGGUUUAAGGAGAGGGUUGGAGAUCGAGGGGUGGUGACCGGGGAUUGGGUGCAACAGCCACAGAUACUAGCGCAUCCAUCUGUUAGGUGCUUUGUGAGCCAUUGUGGGUGGGGGAGUAUAUGGGAGUCUUUGAUGAGUAAAAAUAAGAUAGUGUUGAUCCCACAACAACCUGAACAAGUGUUUUUUAGUAAAUUUCUUGCGGAGGAGUUGAAGUUGGUUGUGGAAGUAGAAAGAGGAGAGGAUGGGACAUGGGUGUCUAAGGAAAGUUUGUGUGCAUCUGUUAUAUCUAUGAUGGAUCAAGAUAGUGAGAUCAGUAGUUUGAUCAAGAAAAACCAUGAAAAUUUGAGGAACAAAUUAGUUGACCCUGGUUUUAUGCAUCGUGAAACUGAUAGGUUCAUCAAGUAUUUGCAAGCUCUUGUUGGUUGACCUUAGCUCAUUCCAUAUUCUUUAAUGGAGUAAGUUAAGUUAUGGUUAGUGGUUACUGCAAAUAAGUUAAGUUAAUUAUGAGUUAAAUAAGGAUUCCACAGGCAGUAACUAUCAAACAAUCUAUGUAAUAUGUUGAGUUGAAUAUGGAUUCCACAAGCAUUAGCUCUCAAGUAAAUUAUGUAAUUCGUUGAUGUUCUUCCAUAUAAUUCUCCAUGUUUAGUCUUA